AUGGUCGAAUACAACUUCAAGAAGAUAACUGUUGUCCCAAAUGAGAAGGACUUUAUCGACAUCAUUCUGUCUCAAACACAACGGACAACCCCAACGGUUGUCCACAAGGAAUAUGCUAUCUCCCGACUUCUCCAGUUCUACAUGCGCAAGGACCACUACAAGCUUGCCCUUGGCCAGGUCAACACGGACAAAAACCUCAUCAGCAAGAUAUGCCAGGACUAUGUCAAGCUCUUGAAAAUAUGGCGACUCACUUUACAGGUCGGGCAGCAUAUGGAGAGGCUUCCUUCAAUCGACCCAAAUAACCGAACGAUCUUAAUUUGUGGCUACCCUAAUGUCGGGAAGAGCUCAUUCAUGAACAAGAUAACUAGGGUUGAUGUGGAUGUUCAGGCAUAUGCUUUUACCACCAAGUCGCUCUUUGUGGGUCAUACUGACUACAAGUAUUUGAGAUACCAGGUGAUUGAUACACCUGGGAUCUUGGACAGGCCGUUUGAGGAUAAGAACAUCAUCGAGAUGUGCAGCAUUACAGCUCUAGCUCAUCUACGAGCUGCUAUCAUGUUUUUCUUGGACCUCUCAGGUGACAAGAAGCUUGUGAUGGAGAUGAAAUCUGAAGCAUUAAAGAGUCAAGGAUGUGAAGUUGCUGCUGAUGAUGGUUUACUUCUGACCAUGAGCACUCUAACCGAGGAAAGCGUGAUGGCUGUGAAGAAUGCAGCUUGUGAAAGGCUGCUAGAUCAGUGUGUCGAAAAGGAAAUGAAAUCCAAGAAGAUGAAUGACUGCUUGAAUCGCUUCCAUGUUGCAAUGCCAAAGCCACGUGACCAAAAGGAAAGAUCGGUUUGUAUCCCCCAGGCAGUUUUGGAAGCCAAAGAUUUGGAGGCAGCUCAGAUGGAGGGAAGAAAAACCGAGAAGGAUAUUGAAAAUGAGAAUGGUAGUGUCAGUGUUUACUCGACUAGCUUGAGGAAGCACCACAUAUUGGCAAAUGAGGAAUGUAAGGAAGACAUAUUGCCUGAGUUCCUCGACGGCCAUAAUGUGUAUGACUUUGUCGACCCUGAUAUCCUGCUCAGACUCGAGGAGUUGGAACGUGAAGAAGGAGUUUGGCAAGCUGAAGUGGAAGAUGGUGAUGAAGAUUUCGAGAUGGAUGGUGAAGAUUUGACACCAGAAGAGAGAGAAGUGCUGCAAGCAAUCAAGAAGAAGAAAGCUAUUACUAUGGCGAGGAAUGCUAGUAAGAAGAGGAAUAAGGAUGCUCGUCGUGGUGAGGUGGAUAGAGUCAUUCCGACUCUUCGACCCAAGCACUUGUUCUCUGGGAAACGCUCCAUUGGGAAGACUGAUCGUCGAUGA